AUGCCUCUCGAUACCUCCUCUUACUCCCUCGCGCUCCUGCGUCUCGACGGGCGACGCUGGAAUGAGCUGCGCCGGCUCACGGCUCAGAUGCGCACUCAGGCCGCCGCGGACGGGAGUUCGUACCUCGAGAUGGGUAACACGAAGGUCAUCUGCACCGUGGCCGGGCCGAGCGAGGGCAAGGCGGGGACGGGCCAGAUGGGAGGCGCGCGGGACAGGGCGACGGUAGAUGUCACUAUCAGCGUGGCUGGUUUCUCGGGCGUGGAUAGGAAGAGGGGAGGUGCUGGGCGGGGGGACAAGCGCCUCGCGGAAAUGCAAACCACCAUCUCCACGGCCUUCGCGCAGACGCUGCUCACGCACCUCUACCCGCACAGCAGCAUCGCCCUAUCGCUGCACAUCCUCUCGCAGGACGGCUCCCUCCUCGCGGCCUGCAUCAACGCGUCGACGCUCGCGCUCGUCGACGCCGGCAUCCCCAUGCGCGGCUACAUCUGUGCCUGCACCGCGGGCUCGACCUCAUCGUACAGCAGCAACGACGAGCGCGCCGACCCGCUGCUGGAUCUCAACGCGGCCGAGGAGCAGGAGCUGCCGUUCCUGACGGUGGCGACGGUGGCUGGCAGCGAUGAUGUAAGUGUGCUAGUUAUGGAGACGAGGGUGCAGGCUGGCCGGCUGGAGGGCAUGCUGACCGUGGGGGUUUCUGGCUGUAUGCAAGUGCGGGAGAUCUUGGAUAAGGUGGUUAGGGAGAGGGGGGAGAGGGUGUUGGAGGGGAGCAGGAUGUGA